UGAGACUGGAAGUUAUCCGCUCAUACCUUUAGACUUGGCCUUUACGGGUCACCAAGAGGCUGAGAGCAGCUAUCACCACUGCCGACGGUGCUUCACAGCCAGUGGGAACCAGCAGAAUUUCACUUAUUCCCAGACGACCAACUAAAUUACGAUGAAGUCGACAUGUCUGCUCAUCUUGGCUUCUCUCGUGCUCUGCAACUUGGCGGUGUCUGGAGGACAGGGCAUCUCUGCUGAGGAUGAGGCGGACCGAAGGACCAUAGACGACAUCAUACUACAGAGAGCAGAAAGUCUCCUGUUAAGGUCUAUUCUCAAAAAGAUGCAGGAUGAAGACGGUAGAAACGAGGGAUUUUCCUCUCAGCCAGAAUGGCUGACAAAGCGACAGCAUCCCGGUAAGAGAUACAGCGAGGAUCUGGAGAAGCGGCAGCAUCCGGGGAGGAGAGAAGAAGACGAGGAUGACGGAUACUUGGAUGUUCAAAGAAGACAGCACCCGGGCAAACGCGAAGAUGAAAUGCACUCGUUCACGGAGCUCCAGAAAAGGCAGCACCCGGGAAGGCGCUCCACAUCUGGACAAAUUUCUGACAACCCCAUAAUAAUCCUGGGUGAACUUUCUAAGCGACAGCACCCUGGCAAGCGCUAUCUGAUGUUACACAGCAAGCGCCAGCACCCAGGUAAGCGCCUUUCUGAGGAUGCGGAUAGCGAUGGAGACUGGGAUGCUGUUGCGGAUGGAGAGGAAGACCUACUAGAGAUGGAAAAGCGUCAACAUCCCGGAAAACGAUUUUGGGAUAACUCGAGUCCGGAUUUAGCCACAAACAGUCCGUGCGAUGUAUUGGACACGACGAGCUGCAGCAAGACCAGUCUGCUGCUCGACUUUUUAGACAACAUUAACAAGAAUAAUGCCGAGGAGAAGAGACAACACCCGGGUAAAAGGUUUACACCCGAGGAGGAUUUAGUGGAAGGAGAGUAGGGGUUAAGAAAACAUGCUCUGGUGUGCCUGCACUACUUUACUGUAAACAAAUAAACGUGUAAAUAAAGUGACCAUAAUGAAUUAUUAAAAAUGAAAAAAUAAUUUACAUCACUUAAUCUUUUGUGCCACGAUUUUCUUUGGCAGACAGUUACUGUACCGUCUUCACAAAGCAUUUAUCUGCUGUUUGUUUCUUUGAAAACUCCGUGCGUAAUUGUCCUCCAAAAACUGACUAUAUCACUGUAAAUAAUGUUUUCAUAAAAGUGCGUAUAACUUCAUUAAGUGAAUAUGAUUACAAUUAUCAUUAUCGGUUAUUAGUCUGUUAAUUUAUGAUACUUAAGCUGAAGUCAGGUCCAAGGAUGAAAGCAUAGUCUACUGGCUUUUGCGAUGUUGCCUCUAUGAGGCAACGUGCGCUUGUCAGUACAACGCAUGCUUAAAUUAUGAUACAUGAAGGUUUACAGUUAUGCAUAAGAAAUCACUUCAUUGAUUGAUUUGUUUGAUUAUUUUCUACUUAUAUAAACCAUAUAGCAAUUACCACAACAAAUGAAUUGUGCCAGAGAUUUUUUUCUAUUGCAUGGAUUAAGUUUAUUUAACCUAUAUGUUGUAAAUUAAAAGCAUACCUUUGCUCUAAAGUCAGCCACCAUUGUUUUUGUUGGAUAAUA